AUGGACUACGACGCCCUCAAGGACCAAUGGUCCGACAUCGAAGACCGCGACGGAAUCCGCCUGUCAUGGAACACUUUUCCCUCAUCGCGCAUGGAAGCCAGCAGACUCGUUGUGCCCAUCGGCGCACUCUACACACCGCUGAAAGAGAAGACCGACGGAACUCCCGUGCUUCAAUAUGAGCCUGUCACAUGCAAACCGCCAUGUCGAGCCGUCCUGAACCCUUUCUGUCAAGUCGACAUGCGAGCGCGCAUCUGGAUCUGCCCAUUCUGUCUGCAGCGAAACAACCUCCCUCCACACUACAAAGACAUCUCCGAGAGUCAGAUCCCGCCAGAGCUCCAUCCCGGCAGCACAACCAUCGAAUAUCGAUUGGCACGACCUGCCCCCACUCCACCCAUCUUCCUGUUCGUUGUCGAUACCUGUCAAGAGGAGGACUCUCUCAAGGCGCUCAGAGACAGCAUCAUCAAUGCUCUCUCCUUCCUGCCUCCACAUGCACUGGUCGGUCUCAUCACAUAUGGCACCAUGGCCCAGGUCCACGAGCUCGGAUACACAGAAUGCGCCAAGUCGUACGUUUUCCGAGGCAACAAGGACUACGGCGCAAAGCAGGUGCAGGAGAUGCUUGGUCUGGCCGGAGCUGGUGCGCGACCGGGAAUGCAGCCACAGCCACAGCCAGGUCGCCCGGCCGUUCCAGCGGUUGGAGGCGCGCAAGCACGCUUCCUGCUCCCAGUCUCGGAGUGCGAGUUCCAGCUCACAAACGUCCUCGAGAGCUUGACCAAGGACCCUUGGCCAGUCGCGAAUGACAGGCGAGCCAUCCGAUGCACUGGUGUCGCCUUGUCAGUCGCAGUUGGCCUGCUCGAGACCAGCUUCCAAAACUCCGGUGCUCGUGUCAUGCUCUUCACUGCCGGUCCUGCGACCGAAGGACCUGGUAUGGUUGUUGGUCCCGAGCUCAAGGAGCAGAUCCGAUCCCACCACGACAUCGAUCGGGACAACAUCAAAUACUACAAGAAGGCGCUGAAGUUCUACGACACUCUCGCCAGGCGCGCAGCUCACAACGGACAUGUCAUUGACAUCUUUGCCGGCUGUUUGGAUCAGGUUGGUCUGCUUGAGAUGAAGGGUCUAUCCAAUAGUACUGGCGGCCACAUGAUCUUGACAGAUUCCUUCGGAUCCUCCAUGUACAAGCAGUCUUUCUCCAAGAUCUUCGACGCAGAUGCGAACGGAAACCUUCUCAUGGGAUUCAACGCAUCGCUUGAGGUCCUCACCACCAAAGAGCUGAAGGUCACUGGUCUUAUCGGUCAUGCAGUGUCGCUCAACAAGAAGUCCACUUCGGUCGGCGAGACUGAAUGCGGUAUCGGCAACACCUGCUCGUGGAAGAUGUGCGGCAUUGACCCAGCUGCUUCGUACGGUAUCUACUUCGAGAUCGCAGGCCAAGGCGGGCCAGCAGCACCCAUGCAGCAAGGACCUCAGAAGGGCCUCAUCCAAUUCCUCACGUACUACCAGCACAGCGGUGGCCAAUAUCACCUCCGCGUGACGACUGUUGGCCGAAACAUGAGCGGACCAAGCGGUGACCCGGCCAUCGCUCAAUCAUUCGACCAGGAAGCUGCCGCAGUCCUGAUGAGCCGCAUCGCUGUCUUCAAGGCCGAAGUCGACGAUGGCCCUGAUGUCCUCCGAUGGGUUGACAGGAUGCUUAUCCGACUCUGCUCGCGCUUCGCCGAGUACCGCAAAGACGACCCAUCCUCUUUCCGCCUCGAGAAGAACUUUACGCUUUAUCCUCAAUUCAUGUUCCACCUCCGAAGAUCACAAUUCUUGCAGGUCUUCAACAACUCUCCUGACGAGACUGCUUUCUACCGACACGUUCUGAAUCACGAGGACGUGUCGAACUCGCUCAUCAUGAUCCAGCCCACGCUCGACAAAUACACCUUUGAUCAAGAGGGAGCUGUACCGACGUUGCUUGAUUCCAGCUCGAUCGAGCCGCAAACGAUACUGCUCCUCGAUACCUUCUUCCAUAUUCUGAUUUUCCAUGGCGAGACGAUGGCAGAGUGGCGAAAGGCUGGAUACCAGGACGUGGAAGGAUACGAGAACUUGCCGAGCUUCUCGACGCUCCUAAGCAGGAUGCAAAGGUACGAUCGCUCCACUCACCGCUUUCCACUCCCACGAUUCAUUGUGUGCGACGCUGGCCGCUCACAGGCUCGUUUCCUGCUCGCCAAGCUCAACCCAUCGACGACACAUACGUCUUCAAGCUACGGCGGUGUCAGCCAGACCGCACAGACUAUCUUCACCGACGACGUCUCUUUGCAGACAUUCAUGGACCAUUUGAUGAAACUUGCUGUUAGCGGUACGGGAUAG